AUGACGUUUUUAGGACUCAAAAUUAUUUGUUUUUUUGGGUCACUAGGUGUACUAUGUUAUUUGACAUAUUUACUGUUUGCAGAGGAUUGUGAAGGUGUCAAUAAUUCUCUGUUUGUAUCUGUGGUCAUCAUAGUAGUUUGUGAAUGGUUUGCCAUAACAGCUGUAUCAUGUUGUUUUUUGUGCUCCCUUACUGGCUUACUUGGCUAUUUAAUAUUUAUUGGUCUUACUGCCACAAAUUUACAAAGCUCACGAUAUUUCUCUGAUUCACGAAAUGACAGUCAACAAAAAUCAACAGUUGGAGAAACACUUUUAGAUGACCACAGAAGACACGAAGAAGAAAAGAGUUUACUUAAGAAAGAAAAAGCUGAGAAGGAAAAAUUCAAGAAAAUUUAUUCACCCUAUCACAAACACUUUAUUAGUGGAACUGACAUUCCAGAUCCUCUCAAAGAUUAA